GGUGGAGUUUGUGAGCUGCCUGUGAGGAACGAAGCAGGGAGGGAACGGGAAAAAAAUCACAAUCUGACAUUAACCAGCAAUUGGAACAUCCCUUUGAGCUGGGGAAAGGGAUUUUUCUCCGGUAUUAAAACUUUUUAUAGGAAAAAACAUCGUAGUUAGAAGAAAUAAGAGGAGUCCAGUGAGGAGACCCCCGAACGUGACAUUACGCUGGGAGGACAUCUCCCAUUGACACAAGUUUCCAUCAGGUGCAGUAACUAAGCAGACCGAGAGAGGCAGUCAUGGUGGCCCUGUCGCUGAAGAUCGGCGUGGGGAACGUGGUGAAGACCAUGCAGUUUGAACCCUCCACCCAGGUGUACGACGCCUGUCGUAUCAUCAGGGAGAGGGUCCCCGAGGCGCAGCUGGGCCAGCCCAAUGACUAUGGCCUGUUUCUAUCGGACGAGGACCCGAAGAAAGGGAUAUGGCUGGAGGCGGGCAAAGCCCUGGAUUAUUACAUGCUUCGGAAUGGGGACACCCUGGACUACAAGAAGAAGCAGAGGCCUCUGAAGAUCCGCAUGUUGGACGGGACGGUGAAGACCGUCAUGGUGGAUGACUCCAAAAUCGUCAGCGACAUGCUGAUGACCAUUUGCGCUAGGAUAGGGAUCACAAACUACGAUGAGUACUCGCUGGUGCGUGACAUCUUGGAGGAGAAGAAGGAGGAGACCACAGGGACUCUGAAGAAGGACAAGACUCUCCUGAGAGACGACAAGAAGAUGGAAAAGCUCAAACAGAAGCUCCACACAGAUGACGAGCUGAACUGGCUGGACCACGGCAGGACCCUGAGGGAGCAGGGCGUGGAGGAGACCGAGAUGCUGCUGCUCAGGAGGAAGUUCUUCUACUCCGACCAGAACGUGGACUCCAGGGACCCGGUCCAGCUCAACCUGCUCUAUGUGCAGGCCCGAGAUGACAUCCUGAACGGCUCCCACCCCGUCUCCUUCGACAAAGCUUGUGAAUUUGCCGGGUACCAGUGUCAGAUUCAGUUUGGGGACCACCAGGAAUCCAAGCACAAACCAGGAUUCUUAGACUUGAAAGAGUUCCUGCCAAAGGAAUACAUCAAAAACAAAGGAGAGAAAAAGAUCUUUCAGGCUCACAAAAACUGCCAAAACAUGACAGAAAUUGAAGCCAAAGUCAGCUACGUCAAACUUGCCAGAUCUCUCAAAACCUAUGGGGUGUCCUUCUUUUUAGUAAAGGAGAAAAUGAAGGGUAAGAACAAGCUGGUCCCACGGCUGCUGGGCAUCACCAAGGAAUGCGUGAUGCGGGUGGACGAGAAGACCAAGGAGGUGAUCCAGGAGUGGAGCCUGACCAACAUCAAGCGCUGGGCCGCCUCCCCCAAGAGCUUCACCCUGGAUUUUGGAGAUUACCAAGACGGGUACUACUCGGUCCAGACAACUGAAGGCGAGCAGAUUGCACAGUUGAUAGCCGGAUAUAUCGACAUCAUUCUCAAGAAGAAAAAGAGUAAGGAUCACUUUGGCUUAGAAGGAGAUGAAGAAUCCACUAUGCUGGAGGAUUCUGUCUCUCCCAAAAAGUCCACGGUUCUGCAGCAGCAGUUUAAUAAGGUGGGGAGGGUGGAGACCGGGUCUGUGGCUCUACCUGCCAUCAUGCGUCCCGGCGCCGGGGGUCCGGAGAGCUUCCAGAUGGGCUCCAUGCCCCAGGCCAAGCAGCACGUCACCAGCGGCCAGAUGCAUCGCGGACACAUGCCCCCGCUGACCUCGGCUCAGCAGGCUCUCACCGGCACCAUCAACUCCAGCAUGCAGGCGGUGCAGGCCGCGCAGGCCUCCCUGGACGAGUUCGACACCCUCCCGCCCCUCGGGACGGACGCUGCCUCCCAAGCAUGGCGUAAAAACAAAAUGGACGAGUCCAAACACGAGAUCCACUCCCAGGUGGACGCCAUCACUGCCGGCACCGCGUCCAUGGUCAACCUCACCGCAGGCGAUCCCGCGGAGACGGACUACACGGCUGUGGGCUGCGCGGUGACCACCAUCUCCUCCAACCUGACGGAGAUGUCCAAGGGCGUCAAGCUCCUGGCCGCCCUGAUGGAGGACGAGGGCGGCAACGGGCAGCAGCUCCUGGGCGCCGCCAAGAACCUGGCCUGCGCCGUGUCUGACAUGCUGAAGACCGCCCAGCCCGCCAACACCGAGCCCCGGCAGGUCCUCCUGCAGGCUGCGGGCAAUGUGGGCCAGGCCAGCGGGGAACUGCUGCAGCAGAUCGGAGAGAGCGAUGCCGACCCCAGGUUCCAGUUUCUAGGUAACGGAUCUUUCAGGGGUGCAAGGUCGACGGCUUAUUGUCAAAUGCUGGACAUGCUGAUGCAGCUGGCGAAGGCGGUGGCCAACGCGGCGGCCGCCCUGGUGCUGAAGGCGAAGAACGUGGCGCAGAAGACGGAGGACUCCGCCCAGCAGAACCGCGUGAUCGCCGCGGCGACGCAGUGCGCCCUCUCCACCUCCCAGCUGGUGGCCUGCACCCGGGUGGUGGCCCCCACCAUCAGCUCGCCAGUGUGCCAGGAGCAGCUGAUCGAAGCGGGGAAGCUGGUGGCCAAGUCGGUGGAGGGGUGCGUGGAGGCGUCGCAGGGCGCCACCAACGACGAGCUGCUCCUGAAGCAGGUGGGCGUGGCCGCCACGGGCGUGACCCAGGCCCUCAACGAGCUUCUGCAGCACAUCAAGCAGUACGCCAGCGGGGGGCAGCCAAUCGGCCGGCACGGCGAGGCCACCGACCGCAUCCUCGACGUCACCGAGAACAUCUUCAGCUCCAUGGGCGAUGCAGGUGAGAUGGUGCGUCAGGCCCGAAUCCUGGCCCAAGCGACCUCUGACCUCGUCAACGCCAUCAAGGCCGAUGCCGAGGGCGAGUCGGACCUGGAGAACUCCCGCAAGCUGCUGUCAGCCGCCAAGCUUCUGGCCGACGCCACUGCCAAGAUGGUGGAGGCUGCCAAGGGUGCAGCCGCUAACCCGGACAGCGAGGAGCAGCAGCAGAGGCUUCGCGAGGCGGCGGAAGGACUGCGCAUGGCCACCAACGCCGCCGCGCAGAACGCCAUCAAGAAGAGACUGGUCAACAAGCUGGAGAACGCGGCGAAGCAGGCGGCGGCGGCGGCCACCCAGACCAUCGCGGCGGCUCAGCACGCCGCCUCCACCAACAAGAACCCCGCCGCCCAGCAGCAGCUCGUCCAGAGCUGCAAGGUGGUGGCGGAGCAGAUCCCCAUGCUGGUCCAGGGAGUCCGCGGCAGCCAGUCUCAGCCCGACAGCCCCAGCGCCCAGCUGGCCCUCAUCGGGGCCGGCCAGAACUUCCUGCAGCCUGGAGCCAAAAUGGUGACAGCUGCCAAGGCCACAGUGCCGACCAUAAGCGACCAGGCCUCCGCCAUGCAGCUCAGCCAGUGCGCCAAGAACCUGGCCUCCGCCCUCGCCGAGCUCCGCACCGCGGCACAGAAGGCGCAGGAAGCCUGCGGCCCACUGGAGAUUGACAACGCCCUGUCCGUGGUGCGCGGCCUGGAGAAGGACAUGCAAGAGGCCAAGACCUCGGCUAACGAAGGCAAACUCAAACCCCUGCCUGGGGAAACGCUGGAGAAGUGUUCUCAAGAUCUGGGCACCAGCACCAAGGCGGUGAGCUCUGCCAUUGCCCAGCUUCUGAGCGAAAUCACUCAGGGCAAUGAGAACUACACAGGCAUGGCUGCUCGCGACGUUGCCCAGGCCCUGCGCUCCCUGGCCUCGUCCGCGCGCGGGGUGGCCGCCAACACGGCCGACCCCCAGGCCUGCAACGCCAUGCUGGACUGCGCCGCCGACGUCAUGGACAAGUCGGCCAACCUCAUCGAGGAGACCAAGAGGGCCAUCGCCAAGCCCGGCGACCCCGACAGCCAGCAGAGACUGGCCCAGGUGGCGAAGGCUGUAUCCCAGGCCUUGAACAGGAGUGUGAACUGCUUGCCUGGACAGAGAGAUGUGGACAAUGCCAUCCGGACGGUCGGGGAGGCCAGCAAGAAGCUCCUGUCCACCUCGUUCCCAGCGAGUGGGAAGAGCUUCCAGGAGGCGCAGGCCAACCUGAACCAGGCCGCCGCCGGGCUGAACCAGUCCGCUAACGAGCUGGUGCAGGCGUCCCGCGGCACCACCCAGGACGUGGCCAAGGCCUCGGGCAAGUUCGGACAUGACUUCAACGAGUUCCUGGAGGCGGGCGUGGACAUGGCGGGACAGUCACAGUCAAAGGAAGACCAGACGCAGGUGGUCACCAACCUGAAGACCAUCUCCAUGUCCUCCAGCAAGCUCCUGCUGGCUGCCAAGGCCCUCUCCACUGACCCCAACGCCCCCAACCUCAAGAACCAGCUGGCGGCCGCUGCCCGUGCCGUCACUGACAGCAUCAACCAGCUAAUCACCAUGUGCACCCAGCAGGCACCGGGGCAGAAGGAGUGUGACAAUGCGCUGCGCGAGCUGGAGACGGUUCGGGGGAUGCUGGAGAACCCCACGGAGGCAGUGAGUGACCUGUCCUACUUCGACUGCAUCGACAGCGUCAUGGAGAACUCCAAGGUCUUGGGAGAAGCCAUGGCGGGGAUUUCCCACAAUGCCAAAAACAGCAAUCUGCCAGAGUUUGGCGACUCGGUCAGCUCCGCCUCCAAGGCCCUGUGCGGGUUGACCGAAGCCGCGUCUCAGGCCGCCUACCUGGUCGCAGUUUCGGACGCCAACAGCCACGCCGGCCAGAAGGGCCUGGUGGACCCGGCCCAGUUUGCCCGAGCCAACCAGUCCAUCCAGAUGGCCUGCCAGAACCUGACCGACCCGGCCUGCACCCAGUCCCAGGUCCUUUCCGCCGCCACCAUUGUCGCCAAACACACGUCCGCCCUCUGCAACGCCUGCCGGCUCGCCUCCUCCAAGACGUCCAACCCCGUUGCUAAGCGACAGUUCGUCCAGUCGGCCAAGGAGGUGGCCAACAGCACGGCCAAUCUCGUCAAGUCCAUCAAGGCCCUGGACGGAGCGUUCAACGAGGAGAACCGCGAGAAAUGCAAGGCGGCCACGGGCCCGCUGAUCGAGGCGGUGGACAACCUCACCGCUUUCGCCUCUAACCCCGAGUUCGCCAGCGUCCCGGCCCAGAUCAGCCCGGAGGGCCUGGCCGCGAUGGAACCCAUCGUGGCGGCGGCGAAGACCAUGCUGGAGAGCUCCACGGGCCUGAUCCAGACCGCGCGCUCCCUGGCCGUCAACCCGAAAGACCCGCCCAACUGGUCGGUGCUGGCCGGCCACUCCAGGACCGUGUCCGACUCCAUCAAGAAGCUCAUCACCAACAUGAGAGAUAAGGCCCCGGGCCAGAGGGAGUGCGACGAGGCGAUCGAGAUGCUCAACAACUGCAUCCGCGAGGUUGACCAGGCCUCCCUGGCCGCCAUCAGCCAGCAGCUCACCCCCAGAGAGGACAUCUCUCACGAGGCGCUGCACGAGCAGAUGGCUGCGUCGGUGCAGGAGAUCAGCCACCUGAUCGAGCCAGUGGCCAUCGCCGCCCGCUCCGAGGCCUCGCAGCUGGGACACAAGGUGUCUCAGAUGGUCAGCUACUUCGAGCCCCUCAUCAUGGCUGCCAUCGGCACGGCUUCCAAGAUCCUGAACAGCCAGCAGCAGAUGAACGUGCUGGACCAGACCAAGACGCUGGCCGAAUCAGCCCUGCAGAUGCUCUACACCGCCAAGGAGGCGGGCGGCAACCCCAAGGCGGCCCACACCCAGGAGGCCCUGGAGGAGUCGGUGCAGAUGAUGAAGGAGGCGGUGGACGACCUGGCGGCCACCCUGGGCGAGGCGGCGAGCGCGGCGGGCGCCGUCGGCGGCAUGGUGGACUCCAUCAACCAGGCCAUCAACAAGAUGGAGGAGGGCCCGGGCGAGGAGCCCGAGGGAGCCUUCGUGGACUACCAGACCACCAUGGUGAAGACGGCCAAGGCCAUCGCCGUCACGGUGCAGGAGAUGGUGACUAAAUCCAACACCAACCCUGAUGAGCUGGGAGGCCUGGCCAAUCAGCUGACCAGCGAGUUCGGAGAGCUCGCCACAGAGGCCAAGUGUGCCGCCAUCACAGCUGAGAACGACGAGAUUGGAUCCCACAUUAAGAAGCAGGUUCACGAGCUGGGCUUCAGCUGCACGGGGCUGGUGACCAAAGCCGGAGCCCUGCAGUGCAGCCCCAACGACUCCUUCACCAAGAAGGAGCUGAUCGAGAGCGCCCGCAAGGUCUCCGAGAAGGUGUCGCACGUGCUGGCUGCCCUGCAGGCCGGUAACCGUGGCACCCAGGCCUGCAUCACGGCGGCCAGCGCGGUCUCCGGCAUCAUCGCCGACCUGGACACCACCAUCAUGUUCGCCACGGCCGGCACACUCAACCGCGAGAACGCCGAGACCUUCGCCGACCACAGGGAGAACAUCCUGAAGACGGCCAAAGCCCUGGUGGAGGACACCAAGCUGCUGGUGUCGGGGGCGGGGGCCAGCCAGGAGAAGCUGGCACAGGCGGCGCAGUCCUCCGUCCUCACCAUCACCAAGCUGGCCGACGUGGUGAAGCUGGGCGCGGCCAGCCUGGGGGCCGAGGACCCCGAGACCCAGGUGGUGCUGAUCAACGCGGUGAAGGACGUGGCCAAAGCGCUGGGCGACCUCAUCAGCGCCACGAAGGCGGCGGCCGGAAAGCCGCACGACGACCCCGCCAUGCUCCAGCUCAAGAGCUCCGCCAAGGUGAUGGUGACCAACGUGACCUCACUUCUGAAGACCGUGAAGGCCGUGGAGGACGAAGCCACCAAGGGGACCCGGGCGCUAGAGGCCACCAUCGAGCACAUCAAACAGGAGCUGGCGGUCUUCAGCAGCGCAGACCCACCCCCGAAGACCGCCACCCCGGAGGAGUUCAUCCGCAUGACCAAAGGCAUCACCUUCGCCACCGCCAAAGCAGUGGCUGCUGGGAACUCCUGUCGCCAGGAGGACGUCAUCGCCACGGCGAACUUGAGCCGAAGGGCCAUUGCAGAUAUGCUGAACUCCUGCAAGAAAGCGGCCUACCACCCGGAGGUGAGCAAGGAGGUGCAGUCCCGAGCGCUGCGAUACGGCAAGGAGUGUGCCAGUGGAUACCUCGGCCUGCUGGAACACGUGCUUGUGAUCAUCCAGAAGCCGUCCCACGAUCUGAAGCAGCAGUUGGCCACUUACUCCAAACGUGUGGCGGGUUCCGUCACCGAGCUCAUCCAGGCCGCGGAGGCCAUGAAAGGCACCGAGUGGGUCGACCCAGAGGACCCCACCGUCAUCGCAGAGAACGAGCUGCUGGGAGCAGCCGCUGCCAUUGAAGCCGCCGCCAAGAAACUGGAGCAGCUGAAGCCCCGUGCCAAACCGAAGGAGGCGGACGAGAGCCUAAACUUCGAGGAGCAGAUCCUGGAAGCGGCCAAGUCGAUCGCCGCGGCAACAAGCGCAUUGGUGAAGGCGGCCUCGGCGGCUCAGAGGGAGCUGGUGGCCCAAGGCAAGGUCGGUGCUAUCCAGGCCAACGCGGUUGAUGAUGGCCAGUGGUCCCAGGGGCUCAUUUCAGCGGCCCGGAUGGUUGCUGCGGCGACCAGCAACCUGUGCGAGGCGGCCAAUUCGGCGGUCCAGGGCCACGCCAGCGAGGAGAAGCUCAUCUCGUCCGCCAAGCAGGUGGCGGCCUCCACCGCCCAGCUGCUGGUGGCCUGCAAGGUCAAGGCCGACCAGGACUCCCAGACCAUGAAGAGGCUGCAGGCUGCCGGGAACGCCGUGAAGAGAGCGUCGGACAACCUGGUGAAGGCGGCGCAGAAGGCCGCGUUCGAUGCCCAGGAUGACCAGGCCGUCGUCGUCAAGAGCAAGAUGGUCGGGGGCAUUGCUCAGAUCAUCGCCGCUCAGGAGGAGAUGUUGCGGAAGGAGCGCGAGCUGGACGAGGCCCGCAAGAAGCUGGCCAUGAUCCGGCAGCAGCAGUACAAGUUCCUGCCGACAGAGCUGAGGGAGGAUGGUCAGGAGCAGUGAGGAACAACCGACGUCUCGCACAGCAAAAUCAAAUCACGAGCCGGGCAGGAGUUUUUUAGUUAUGAGCAGUUACUAAAAUAUUCGAACGGAUUUUGAGGUGUUGCGCUUAGGAUACAUAAGCAAUAUUUGGCUGCGUAAUUAAAGAAAUGGGUAUAUUAAAAAGAGAAAGUUGUAUCAGGAUGUCCAUUUUAAUUUUUUCCUGGUUAUUUUUCACUCUUUAAACGCUUUUCAGUGCCACUGUUUUGUUUAAAUAAUGUAUAAUGUAUGCAACUCUAAGGUAAUUUGCGCCUUUAAUAUUUCUAUAUGUGAUUAAAUAAGUAUUUAGAAUAGUUGUUCCUUUACUAUACUGCAUGUGUCCACUGUGGCUACAACAUUAUCUAUCUCAGUAAUUUCACACCUUUUCGCUUUUCGAUACUUUUUUUCAGCUGUACUGCCGAAACAAUAUUUUUAGAGAGUACAAAGUCUAGUCGUUCGGGGUGUGGGUGGGAGGGGAGGCUAGGUGUCUGUUGUUGAGAAAUUCUCGGUCAUCUGAAGGCGGAGUCACUGAGAGUUGAGGUUCGACGACCAAAACCGAGAAAGAAAACACUCUGCGAAGAUUUCUACUCAUUACGAGAAACGGGAAACGAGAAAAACGGCCGCAUUCAGCAGCUAAUCUAGGCGCCCGAAGUUCGUUCCAGACUUUCAGAGUUCCAAAGAAGAAAACUGUUUUGCCAGAAUGUUUGUAGGGCAGCCGGGGAUCUUUAACCCUGAACAUUCAAAUGCAUUUUUGUUGCAAUUUGGACCAGAAGUGCAAUGAUUGAUUUUUUUUUUUUUUUUUUUUUUGCGUCGAAACAAUUCAUAGAAAGCAUACAUAUCAUUUUUUUUAAA